AUGAUUUUACAAAAAUUAAUAAUUAAUUGGUCGGAAUUAAUCGGUUGUUCCGAUGCAGCUUUAACGUUAUUAAUAUCACUUUUAUUAGGUUAUCCUAUUGCUUUUAUUCAUAGAAAAUGUUUAUUUGGGGCAUCACCUAAUAUACAACACAUAUAUUUUAUAACAUGUGGAAUUAUUCUUUGUUGUUUUAAUUAUGGUUUUGAUGUGAUACAUUCUCUUGCAUCGAUAACGAUUACUUAUCUCGUAUUAAAAAUAUUUAAAGGAGGCCUUACUUCUUUAUUAAUUGUAUUCAUAUAUACAAUGUUACAUUUGACUGUGGGAUAUUGGGCUACAGCCACAUCAACAUAUGAUAUUAAAUGGACAAUGCCACAAUGUGUUUUAACAUUAAGACUUAUAGGAUUGGCAUUUAAUGUUUACGAUGGAAGCCAACCUCAAGUCGAAGAGAAUCGAAAGGUUGCAUUACAGACAGUUCCAAGCAUUUUGGAAGUAUUUGCUCAUUCAUAUUUUCCUGCCAGUUUUUUAGUAGGACCUCAAUUUUCAUUUAAACGUUAUAAAGAUUUUGUCGAAUUAAAAUUAGAAGAAAAGGAACUUCCCCGUUCUUUGGGAGAAAGUAGGAAAAGUUUAUUUUUGGGUCUCACAUAUUUAAUUAUGUAUCAAAUAGGUUCACUUUACAUACCAGACAGUUAUUUUACAUCAGAAGAAUAUUUUUAUUUAAAUAUAUUUAAAAAAAUAUUUUUUCUCGGUCUUUGGGGCCGUUUCACAUUAUAUAAAUAUAUUUCAUGUUGGUUAAUCACAGAAGGAAGUUGUAUAAUGAUGGGUCUUACAUACAACGGUCUCGAUGAAAAAGAAAAACCUAAAUGGGACGGUUGUUCAAAUGUUAAAUUAAAAGUUUUUGAAACAAGUACAAAAAUGAAUCAUUAUAUAGAAUCAUUUAACAUAAAUACAAAUCAAUGGAUUGCUCAGAGCACUAGUUUUUCUCGCCAUUUGGCACGGAUUACAUUCGGGUUAUUAUGCGACGUUUCUUUUUGA